AAGAAGUUAGAAAGACUAUAAAAGCAAUGAAUGUCCACCGCAGUCACCGCUUGACAUCACAUGAAGAAUUUGUCAGAUUUUUCCUUCCAAGAGUUCAUUAUCUUUAGACAUUAAGCAGAAAAACCACCUCUUAGAUUCUGAAGAACCAAAGAUCCUUUAAUUCUUCUUCAGUUCACAGGUUAUUGAACACAACUCGAAGGGGUCAGCAGCAAAAGCAGGACUCUCAUCCGUCGAACAGAAGACCUCAGCUCGGCUCACUUUCACCGGUUUGACACAACGUUGAAGGACCAUUCGAGCAGCCUGCGCAGACCCCGCGUACAAGUUCAUUAUGAACACAACAAACACACUCAGCUUUUCAACGGAGUACGUGGAUCUUUUUGAAGAAAUAGUGGCCUGGAUAAUAUUAUGUGUUGGACUGCCAGUCAUCUCUCUGGCCUGUUAUGCACUCUACAAGCUGAUCAAGGCUGAUUUUGUGACCCCGAUUUAUGUCAUUAACCUGUUACUUUCAGACCUGAUCCAAGUCAUUCUCAGAGUGUACUUCAUUGCUGAAAGAUUUUUAGACACUAAAACUGAAUCCUUUAAAACAAUGCAACAUUUUUUUCUGGUUACUGUUCGUUUUGGUUUGGUGGCAAGCCUUGGGUUUAUGGUGUGUAUCUCGCUCGAGCGGUACCUGGUGGUUUCUCACCCUUUGUGGUACCGAUUCCACCGCAAUGUGAAGCACUCAGUCCUGGUGUCUCUUGGCAUCUGGACACUCGCUGCCAUAUAUGCAGCAAUUGACUACAAUGUGCUGACGAGUUACAUAGUUUUCUUGCCGGUUUUCUCAACGAUCUUCCUUCUUCCAUUUCCUCUUCUAGUAUUCUUGUACUGGAGGACCAAGCAAGCUCUGUCCAACACUAUUGCUGUGUCUGCUUCAGAGAAGAAAAGGAUCCGGGGUGCCUUGCUCUUGGUUCUUGGCAUUUAUGUCUUAUUUUUUCUUCCCUUCACUGUCAUGUCCUUUUUCGUAAUAAUUUCUAAAAUAAGGACUUACACUGUCUACUGUGUGAUGGCUGUUGCAAGGUCUAUGGUGCGCCUGAGCCCACUUGUGGAUCCCUUCCUGUAUAUUUUCAUGAGAAAGAGUGUGAAAGACACAGUGGAAGCAUUCCCCUGCUUUAGGACACUAGGGUGGAGUCUAACAAGUUCUGGAACACAGGAUGAGCCAAGCAAAGCCCACUAUGCAGCUGAGAUGAAGAGCAGCCUUUAAUUUUUUUUUAAACUUUGACUAUGAGUUUUACUGGGAGGCCAUAUUUUGUGUAUGAGGGGGUGACACCUGGGACUGGGAGUGUGUUUAUGCUGAUGACAAAGACAACUUGUCAUACGACUUGUUGAGUGAGCGUAACAAUGUGAAAUAUCCUGUUGGUUUGCAUUUUAUCUGCAUGUUAAAGUAGCGCAUUAAGGUAAACAAUUCAGUGUUUUUAAAAGCCGCAUGCAUCUGCAUUUGAACUAUAUUCACCGCAUUAUCUGUGUGUUUUCAUACUAACAAAAGAAAAAUGUAUGUAUUUACUGAUAUGUAUGGACUAAGCAGUAGAGGGGUUAGUACUGUAAUAACACAAUUUAAAGAAUUGAGCUCAACAGCCAGAAAAAGAGAGAAAAGAAACUUUAAGGAGAAAAGAGCAUAAAUAAUCACGCUUGGGAAAGGCAUGGUUUGGAAGAAAAUGUGAUCUGGGCCAAUAAAUUACCUGUUUCAGUGGGAAAAGAGCAAAAACUGCAUUAUAUUUAGUUAUGCUGGUGAUGCAACUAUAUUUAAAAUUAUCAGACAAAGGGCUAAACUUCUGGCAGUCAAAAUCUUGGCUCUUAAAUCCAACCUGAAUGUUUGGGUGAAAGGACUCAUUGAACUUAUUCGCUCAUCUUUUUCACCUUUUCCACCAUCUUCUUCGCUCAUCUGCUGUGCUCAUCCAGCUGUGCCCACUUAGCAUCCCAUGCACACGAAAGGUCCAAAAUCAAAAGCAAAAAGGUGUGACUCCGACAUGCUGGAAUGACCU